AUGGAAUCCCUCAGCUUAAAUGGCUCCUCUGGGAGCAAAAACUUGGCAGUUGGUGAGGACUCAUCUGAUUUGACUCCUAACAAUCCCUUGCUAGAGCUGGGAGAUAGCACCAAACUUCUUGGUGUCCAGGUAGUUCUGAUCUUGGCUUACUCUACCAUCAUCGUAUUGGGCGUUGUGGGGAACUCCCUGGUGAUAUAUGUAGUCUACAAAUUCAAGACACUUCGUACUGUCACCAAUUUCUUUAUAGCAAACCUUGCUGUGGCUGAUCUGCUAGUCAACACGUUGUGUCUCCCAUUCACGCUAGGUUACACUCUACUGGGCGAAUGGAAAUUUGGACAAGUGCUUUGUUUCACACUACCAUACGCUCAAGGUCUUGCCGUCCACGUUUCUACAGUUACAUUAUUUGUAAUCGCACUGGAUCGACAUCGAUGCAUCAUCUAUCACCUAGACACACGGAUGUCGAAGGACACUUGCUUUAUGGUCAUUGCCAUCACCUGGGUAAUAAGUGCUGUUCUGGCUACCCCACUUGCCAUCUUUAGGGAGUAUGAGAUUGUAGAUCUUUCUCCAGAUGAGUCCAUUGAAGUCUGUCGGGAAAAGUGGCCCGGAAGUAGUACAGAUAGCGCUCUAUACUCAAUCUUCAUGCUGUUGCUGCAGUAUGUGCUGCCCCUAGUGGUCAUCUCUUUUGCCUACAUCCGUAUCUGGAGUAAACUUCGCAACCAUGUCAGCCCAGCUGGCCACAACGAUAGACAUCAUUGUCGCCGCAAGACAACCAAGAUGCUGGUGGCCAUGGUUGUGGUGUUUGCAGUGAGUUGGCUGCCUUUCCAUGCCUUCCAGCUCGCCAUCGACAUUCUCCCUAAUGUGUUGGUCAUGAAGGACUUCAGGCUCCUCUACACUGUUUUCCAUAUUGUGGCCAUGUGCUCAACUUUCGCCAACCCAAUUCUUUAUGGCUGGAUGAACCGGAACUACCGCAGCGCUUUUGUUGCCGUCUUCCGUUGCGAGGAAAGGCUUGAGUCGUUGCACGCUGAGGGCAAGGUUGCCACAACUGUUCGCAACAAGCCCAAAAAGGCCAUGGAAGCCCAAGAUAUGGUGACGCCGCAUCUCAAUGCAUCAGAUGUCUGAUGUAACUUCACAACAGUAGCUGUGUCAAAAAACUAAAGAAGCUGGCCAUUCUGUCAAUAGCCGCUUUUCCUCCAUCGGACCAGUGUGACCCAGGGCCAAUAGCCUCAGACCUCGAGUCACGAGACCAAUAUCAAUCUACAUUCACACCAUCGGGCAAAAAGCCCUGCAGGGUUUCCCCUAAAACUCGCCCUUAAUAUGCCGGCCUGGUGCUGAAGUCACACACCACGCCCAUUUCACAAGCAAGUGGGGGGAACUCAAGCUUAGGUAUCGGACUCUGGAUACUAGCUUGCAAUCGAAAUGAACAAGGAUUUGUACUGUGCCCAUUUUUUUUAUUUUUCCCAAACCUGUACCAUUGUGCGGUAGAUACACAACUUGGCAAGUUCGGUGAUGAUAUACUUAAUCUUCUUCAAAAAACCUCUUCAUUUUGGCAGACACCAUCGAUCUGAUGCCACACAUUUUCAUUGCCCCAAAUAUUCCGAAGAUUCCUGAUUUAAUCUACUGACCAGUACUGAUGAUUCUCCAUUCUCUGUUGAUCUGUUAAAGUAAGCUGAUUGCUAUAUAUGAAAAAUUAAGGAAUUAGUAUUAGGAAAAUAAUUGGUUACCUUCAGACCUGACUCAGUGAAACUCAGCAUUUGAAAUUGACCCCGCCUCAAUCCCUUGUUGGCAUUCUUUGUCCCAAGGCUAAUCGGCAAGCCAGGGCACUUGGCUGUUGGCCCAGAGGAAGCCCAGGAGGCAUGAUGAAGCACCAGAAGUGGGAGCACAAAUGGCCCUGGCACGCACUUGCACGCCGUCAUUUGGCCUGAUAGUUGAAACGCAGCUAAUGAUUUAACAGGCAGCAUUUGCGCAUGAAGGUACCUCCAAAUGAAACUGGUUUGAGAUAUAAUGUCACAUCUGAUGAUCUAGAAUAAGUUCAAACCAAGCAAGUAUUUUAAUGACUUUGAUGAUUAUUUCUUGGUCAAAAUGGAACCAUAAGUUGAAAAAAAGUUAAAAAAAUGUAUUUAAUAAAUGCUACAUAAGAUACUAUUUUUAUUCUUUCCAUCAACCAAAUAUCUGCCUCAAACCUCCAAAUCACACGCACAGUAUUUCAGGACAUCAUACCAGGGGCAGAACUAAGAUGCGAUCUUUGGGAGAGAGGGCCCCCUCGGACUGGACAUGUUUGACCGGCCAUGGCCCACUUAGACCAUUUGACCAGCCAUGGCCCCCUUAGAUAUGGAAGUUCCACGUAUCAUACCCUGAAAAAAUGGUAAAUGGCUUUAUUGAAAAUACUAAACCUGUACACUUAUACUCAGCUUGGAGUAAUACAUUUGUUUAAAAUGAGAAUGUAAUUACAUUGCAAAUUCUAAGUGAACUUCAACUUAGUGAUCAAAAAGUGAUCAUGUUGCUAUGAAUGUUCAAAUGGAUUCAGAUUUCAACCAGAAAAUUUUUGGAGCAAUUCAGUGGAGGACACAUCAAAAACCUUCUAAAACCAACCAGAUGAUGGCAUCUUGAUAGACAGGAUCUUACGCAAACACUAGAUUCGGACAUGUCUUGAUGACUUCCGAGCUGCGAAUGCAGUAUUUUUCAGAUUUUGGAAACAGCUGAUGUGACUAAGCUAAUUUCUACAUUGCAAGCAACUGUAAGUGCUAUAAACGAGAAGCACAGACAAAUUUCACUAUGUCACAGUACUCUUCACAUUUGGAAGAUCUAUCUUCUAAUCAUCUCCAACGAUGCAGAAGCUAGCCAAGAUCCAUGAGGUGAUUGCAUGGGUUAUAUUACAUACACAUAACCUAUAUAUUUGAAGCGACAGCAUUUUCACCAACAUUUCUCGAUCUUGUUAUGUGGACCUUUUUGAAAAGGCCAUAUUAGACAAACAUGAAUUUCCAUGCUGGUCUAGGCUAGUUUAUGCUAGUUAGUGCUGGUUUGGCAUUGGUCUAUUUGGUGAACCAGCAUGCUGUCAGAUGCUGCUCAAAAAUUAUUGCCUUUAUGUUGAUGCUGGCUGACCAGGUAAAGGACUGAUGGACAUUAUUUUGACCAUAGAAAAUGGUUCCUCAUUCUGAAACUGUUUCAGGAACUGUUUUUUUCAUAUGACAAAUUCAUGCACCUUAGAUCUCAAAUCUUACAAUGGCUCUGUAGUUUUUAAAUGGUCAUCAUGUCGUGUGGACUUACAGGCAGGUCAGGGCCUGAAGUGGCUCGGGGAAAGUGUUAACAGCAAAUUGCCUCUCCUUUCAUCUGAAAGUAAUUUGCACUGAGGAAUAGCAUGGCAGCACUCCUCCAUACUAACAACAGCUUGAAGAGAGGGAGGUGUUUCCAACUCUGCGGUAUGAAUGUUUCAACACAAAGAGCUUCGAUAUAUGACCGAUAAACCAUUAGGGACUCUGUCAGUUCAGUACUUUUCUGCAUGAAAAUAAAAUGAAUGUGUUUUAUAUAUAAUACAGCACAAAUAAUUAUUGUUGAUGGAUCAAGGUGAAGUGGGCAAGUGCUGGUGUGCUAUUUUAUUUUAAACAUAUCUCUAUUAAUGGAAAUGCAUGAGCAAAUAUGACAUAACUAGAUGUACAAGUGAAAAAAAAUAUUAUGGUGGUGAUGGAAAAUGUUCUUUCUACAAUAUGUAAUCUGUGCCGUAAACCUGUCACUUUUGCAAUCACCUUGCCGGAUGAAUGUAAUUAUAUGGUAAAUCAAUAUUCUUGUAUGUAAAAAACCCAACAUCAAAUGCUUUUGACACGUGAUAUAUAUAUUGCAUAGAUCUUAAUUAAUCUACUUUUGCAAAUGUUACAUGCAGACUUAUAGUGUGCACACAACAUGUGAAUGAUGUCAUAUCAAUAUGUUCCAAUUUCCUGAAGGAAAGGAGAAUUUAAAGAUACU